CUAUAGUAGUGGCACAACCACCACAGAGGUAAUCUUCGAGCGGUAUAGCUGAGUAAGUGGCAGCUCCAGCCUAGGCUUACCUGUUCGAGAUGCGAGAGUAUUCAGGACUGGCCGUUCUUCAUGGCGCAUGCCAAUGCCAACACGGAAACGACGGAGAGCAGCAUGCAAGUAACGCUGGCGAGCGUGGGUGGCGUUGUGGAUUUGCUUGCAUUUGCUUGGUCCGAGGCUUACAGGGAGGCCACACGCGACUGCCGAAAUUGUUAUGUCUUGGAAUGGCUUAAGCUGGCUUGGGUGGCUGAAAGGCACGAGUCGGUGAUGAGGUGUCUGAUCCUCCAAAAUCUCGUGUCAGAGUAAACAUUAAGCGGUGUACUUCGGUUGUUGAUCAAUUUUGGGGAUGGUGAAAGAGUGGGAUUGACUCAACGUUCUUCACCAUGGGGAUCGCGGAUCAUGUUCAGCGCGUGGGGCUCUCCAUGGGGGUGAGUAUCGAUUCGAGCACGGAGCCCUGUAGAAAAUUCUUUCACGCUUUACGAUGGCUCGACCAUGAAAUGGUCAGGGAUGGGGGUCGCGCUUCUCAGACAAGCGCGCGCCUUAGCAUUACUGUGGAAGGCGCGAACAUUGAUCACGAUCCCACUCUUGCGAAUACGAAAUUCGUGAUACUGUUAGGUAGCAUCGUUGUACUGUAAAUAUCGUGGCGGCUGACAAGUAGGCGACUCGAUGGUUCUGCGCUGACCUGCCUAUUUGG